AGCAAAAUGGCCACCCUCGGCCUCUCCAAGGUGUUCAUCCUGGACAAGUACUUUACCGAGCUGCAAAAGUUCUGGGAAACGGAAAAGAAGCUGCAAGAUGCAUCCUCCUCCAACGAAGCCGUCCACCUGCAGCAACGACUCAAGAGUCUCAGCUCGGAGCUGGUGACUCUGCGGAACCGGCUGCACACCGGUGGCCAACCACCCGCCAACGGUGGUGCUCCAAACGGAACCGUUCCUGUUGGUGCUGGCGGUGUAGUGUCACCGGCGGCCACAACACCAAAUGGCAACGUCACUGGACAAAAUGGAGGAGCACAGCAUGGUGCCGCAGUCAAUCUUGGGACCCACGGUGGAUCGACAGCCCUCACUACGGCCGGACUGCUCGCGUCCAACGUUAACGCCAGCAACGGUCUUAACGGUGUCCUACCGAACCAUCUUGCCAAUGGAUGCCCCAACAACAACAACAACAACAACAAUAACUCGAACAAUAACAAAAACAAUGCCGCCGCCAACAAUGCAAAGAAUCACAUGCUGACGGUCGCGGGCCAGUGUCUACCUCCGAAUGGGCCCACUGGCGCCGGCAACCUGCAACAUUCCGCCCAACACAACGGCACCAACGGUGCCAACGGUAUCCUGCCCGUCGUAUCACCGCGUAACACCUCGAUCCCGUACCCGCUGCCACACCACAACGCCACCAAUGGAACCAUGUUGAUCGGAGACACGAUACAAUGUGGUGGAACGCUUCCGAGACGUACGGCGAUGGGAUACCACGGCGGUGGCGGCGGAGGUGGUGGUGGUGGUGGUGCUGGCGGCACUGGGGCUGGUACGAUCGUUGCGCAUCCCGGUGGUGGCCAUAUGGGGACGUUGAUCGGUGGAGGGGCUGGACCUGCCGGUGGUCAUCAAGGUGCGCGAUCGGAGACCGGUGGCACCGUCACCGAGAUGGACGAUCUGAUCCAUCUGCCCGGACCACUGACCGAGGAUGCCGUCAUGCGAACGCUGCACAAUCGCUUCAACGAUGGAAAGUACUUCACCAACGUUGGACCGAUCCUGCUGUCCGUCAACCCGUACCACGAUGUUGGCAAUCCGUUAACGUUAUCCUCCACCCGCUCGGUACCGCUCGCGCCGCAGCUCCGCAAGAUCGUACAGGAGGCCGUACGGCAGCAGGCGGAAACUGGCUACCCGCAGGCGAUCAUACUUUCCGGUACAUCCGGUUCGGGCAAGACACACUGUUCCAUGUUGCUGUUGCGGCAGUUGUUUGCUGUGGCCGGCGGUGGACCGGAAACCGAUGCGUUCAAGCAUCUGGCCGCGGCCUUCACCGUACUCCGGUCGCUCGGAUCGGCCAAGACGGCCACCAACUCCGAGUCCAGUCGUAUUGGCCAGUUCAUCGAGGUUCAGGUGACGGAUGGGGCGCUCUAUCGGACCAAAAUCCACUGUUACUUCCUCGACCAGACGCGCGUCAUACGGCCGCUGCCGAAUGAGAAAAACUAUCACAUCUUCUACCAAAUGCUGGCGGGGUUGAAUGCGGACGAGUGUGCCCGGCUCAACCUGGAGGGCUACUCGCCGGCCAAUCUGCGCUACCUGCAGCACGGCGACAUCCGGCAGGACGAGCAGGAGGAUGCGGCUCGCUUCCAGGCGUGGAAGGCCUGCCUUGGCAUUCUCGGCAUCCCGUUCCUGGAUGUGGUGCGCGUCCUGGCCGCCGUGCUGCUGCUCGGCAAUGUCCAGUUCGUCGAUGGUCAGGGUCUUGAGGUUGAGGUGGUUGGUGAGACGGAGCUCAAUGCCGUGGCCAGCCUGCUAGGAGUUCCACCGGCACAACUCUUCCGCGGAUUGACCACACGAACGCAUAAUGCCCGCGGCCAACUGAUCAAAUCCGUGUGCGAUGCGAACAUGUCCAACAUGACGCGGGAUUGCUUGGCCAAGGCGCUCUACUGCCGGACAGUGGCGACCAUCGUACGGCGUGCCAACAGUCUCAAACGCUUGGGUUCGACGCUCGGUACGCUCAGCUCCGAUAGCAACGAGUCGGUGCAUAAUCAGGCCGAAGUCGCGAGUCAACAUGCGUCCACCAUCGGUGGUAACGCGGGAUCGAAAUCGAUGGCUGCCCUCAACAACGCGGUGCGGCAUGCGACCGACGGUUUUAUUGGCAUUUUGGAUAUGUUCGGCUUCGAAGAGCCCCGGCCAGCACAGCUGGAGCAUCUCUGCAUCAAUCUGUGCGCCGAAACGAUGCAACAUUUCUACAACACGCACAUCUUCAAGAGCUCCGUCGAAUCGUGCCGUGAAGAGGGCAUCAUCUGCGACACGGAGGUGGACUACGUGGAUAACGUGCCGUGCAUCGAUCUAAUUUCAUCGCUCCGCACCGGGCUGCUCAGUAUGCUCGAUGCCGAGUGUUCGGUGCGUGGUACGGCCGAAAGUUACGUCGCCAAGAUUAAGGUGCAGCACCGUAACUCGGCGCGCCUUGAGCAGCGUGCCCUGGAGCCGUACGAUCCGAGGCUGUUCGCCAUCCGCCACUUUGCCGGUCGCGUUGAGUACGAUACGACUGAUUUCCUCGACACAAACCGGGACGUCGUCCCGGAUGAUCUGGUGUCCGUGUUUUACAAGCACACCUGCAACUUUGGCUUUGCGACGCACCUUUUCGGCACCGAACUGAAGGCACUGUACGCCCAGGACAGUGGGCCACGGGGUCUUAGCUUCCGGAUUGCACCAACGUCCCAUACGGAUCUGCUAAACGGCGACGAGCCGGUCUCGACGCUUACCCAAGACUUCCACACACGGCUGGACAACCUGCUGCGAACACUGGUACACGCUCGGCCACACUUUGUGCGUUGCAUUCGAAGCAACACCAGCGAGAAGGGUGGCAUGUUUGAUCGGGGUGCGGUGGUGCGGCAAAUCCGGGCACUACAGGUCCUCGAAACAGUCAAUUUGAUGGCCAGUGGAUUCCCUCAUCGGAUGCGCUUUAAGCAAUUCACCGCUCGCUACCGGAUGCUGGCACCUUUCCGGUUGUUGCGUCGCUGCGAAGAGAAAGCCCUCGAGGACUGCAAAGUGAUACUGGACUUUGCGCUUGAGAAUCCACCGGAACUGGAUGGUUCGGUGACGUUAUCGUGGGCACCAGGGAAGCGACACAUUUUCCUCAGUGAAGGCAUCCGGCAGCACCUGGAGCGAUUGCGGACGGAGGUGCGCAUGAAGAGCGCUACGCUGAUACAGGCGACGUGGCGUGGCUGGAACCUGCGCAAGCGGCUUGGUACGAUCCGUCGGACGCACGACAUCCAGCUGAUGGGUGGUGCGAUGCAUUCAAUCAACAAGACUUCCGGUAGGACAGCGAGUGUAGACAAAAAGGUGAAUGAAGACGUUGUAACUAACACACUGUGGCUCAUGCUCAUUACAGGUACUCGGGCGAGUAAUGUUACUCACGCCAAUGCCAACAACACCGGAACGGCAACGCGACCGAGACCACAACCGAUUGCCGGGACACCACCACCGGAUCCGAAUGAAAAGUGCGAUUCGAAGAUCAUCGCCCAAACCUGUACCCUCUUUGGAUUAGAUCUGGAGCGACCACCACCGGUACCGCCAUCCCGGUCGUACACCGUCACCGGCAACUCGAAGCUUGGCUAUCCGCAGACGCGCAUCAUGAAGAUGAACUUCCCGGAGGAUCCCGGUGCCGUUGGACUCGGUGAACAGCUGCGCAAGGGUGAAGCGGUCACGGUGACCGGUGCGUCACACCGGCGUGGCCACCUCAUCGUCGAACACAACGGUAUCAGCUUGCACGUCCCGUUCCAAUACAUGGAGCUGGUGAAAACGAUUGUCCCGGGUGCCGCUGGUGCCCCUACGGCAACACAGACUGCGGGAGCUGGGGUACCACCGACGGCCACAGCCGUUAACAUUUAA